UCGCGCAGCGGGACAGACUGAAGUGUUUCAGUUGUUUUUACGUUAAAUUUCAACUCUGAGCAGAACAAAUCAUCUGAUUAGAAACACGUUUAAAUGUAAAGCAUUAAGAAGUUUCUGCAUGAAGCGGCUGUGCUGACAUCGAUGGAUCAACGCUGAUCCGGUGACUCUAACACGUUAAAAGGAUUAUUUUGAUCGAUCCGGAUCGAUGGAGGUGCCUCAGCAGCGAACAAGCAGCUAUGGUCAUAUUCCCCCCAACAUGUCUGAGCUGAGGGUUGUCCUGCUGGGGAACAGCUGGUCUCAGAGGAGAGACGUGGGGAACUUCAUACUGGGAGGGGCCGUGUUCAGCACUGAGGAACCAGACUGCUGUGUGAGGGUCAGCGGGCGGUGCAGGUGGAAAGAAAUCGUUCUGAUCAACACUCCAGAUCUGCUGCAUCCAAACAUCUCUGAGGACAAAUUGACAGAGUUGAGAGAAACCUGUGUGAGGCUCUCUGAUCCUGGACCUCAUGUGUUCCUGCUGGUUCUACAGCCUGAUGAUUUCACUGAGGAGCAAAAUCAGAAGCUACAAACAGUCCUGCGAGACUUUGGUGAUCAGUCAUUUCAACACUCGCUGGUCCUGAUAUCAACACCUGCAAAGGAACAAUUAGCUUACACAGAAAAUUACAAGCAGCAUCCAGCACUGAAGGACCUGGUCACCAUGUGCAGAUACAGAUAUUUAAAACAGAAAGAUCUUGAACUUCAGGAACUGUUGACACGCUUCAGUCAGAUUGUGAGAGAGAACAAGGAAAAGCAUGUGAGCUGUGAUUUAUCUGAAACUGGAGCAGAUGGUUCUCAUCAAACCCUGAAACAUCAGCUGUCAGUGCCUGCAAACAUGGAUCCUGCUCGAGCUGCUGCUCGUGGACUCAGGAUUGUGCUGUUUGGGAAAAACGAGGAAGAAAAGACGACACUUGGAAACUUCAUCACAAAGAAAAAUUCUUUUCAGUUCAGAAAUAUUUCUCCAGCUAAACACUGUGAAGAUGCUGGUGGAGCGUGGAAAGAAAAACCACUAACAGUGGUGAAAACCCCCGACAUGUUCAGUCUGUCUGUGCAGGGAGUGAGAGAGGAGAUGAAGAGCUGUGUGAGUCUCUGUCCUCCUGGACCAAACGUUCUGCUGCUGUUGGUCAAACCUUCUGAUUUCACUGAGGAGAACAGAAAAACUCUGAAGUUCAUCCUGAGUUUGUUUGGAGAAGAUUCCUUUAAACACUCGAUGCUCAUCAGCACGUACAGACAUCAGUGGAAAGAAACAAGCGCCUCUGUGAACAAGCUCCUUCAGGACUGUGAUGGAAGACACUACAACAUGUUUACCAAUGAGCACAAAGUGUUAAUGGAGAAGAUUGAAGACAUGCUGCAAGAAAACAAAGAAAGCUUCCUCAUCCUCACUGCAGAGAAGACAAAGCAAGAAAAACAAGAGGACUGGGAGAGGAAAGAAAAAGAGUGGCAGGAAAAUCAGUCCAGGGAAAUUGAAAGAAUACGUCAGGAGGAGGAAGAAAAGCAGAAAAAGCUCCAAGAAGAGUUUAAGCAGGAAAGAGAAAAAAAUGAAAUAACAAGAAAAGAAAAUCAAAUCAAUUCAAAACUGGUGCAACAGCAUGAAGAAGAAAUGCAGCAGAAAGAGGAAGCACACAGAAAAGAGUUUAACCUGUUACAGAAAAGCUGGAACCAGAAAGAAAAGGAACUAAAAGAAGACCUGAUGAGAACACAAACACAACUGCAACAAGAAAUUAAUAAAAAUAAAAAACAGAAAGAUGAAAUAAAGAACGAAAAACCUGAAGAAGAAAGAAAAGAACUCAAUAAAACCGUCCGACUUGUGCCCGACCGAAAAACAGACAUGUCUGAGCUGAGGGUCGUUCUGCUGGGGAACAGCUGGUCUAAGAGGAGCUCAGUGGGCAACUUCAUACUGGGAGUGACUGUGUUCAGCUCUGAGGAUAAAGCAGACCUCUGUCUGAGAGUCAAAAGGGAGCUGAAGGGGAAAGAAAUCGAUCUCAUCAACACUCCAGAUCUGCUGUCGGCUAAAAUCUCCCCAGAAGAUCUGACGAAACAAGUUGAGGACUGUGUGAGACUCUCUACUCCUGGACCUCAUGUGUUUCUGCUGGUCCUCCAGCCUGCAGACUUCACUGAGGAUCACAGACAGAGGCUACAAAGAGUCCUUGAACUCUUCGGUGAUCCAUCAUUUGAUCGUUCACUGGUUCUGAUAAUGCCCAAAGACAAGAGUUCACCUUCCAUAGAAAUGAAUCUGCAGCAUCCACAGUUAGGAGACAUAAUCAAGAAAUGUAGAGAAAAAUUGUUGUGGCAGAAGAACCUGGAACAAGAGCAGCUGUUAGCAGCCAUAGAUACAGUGGUGAAGAAGAGCAUGAGGGAGGAAGUUUCCAGUGAGGAAACAUCGGUUUCACUGCCAGUUCCUCGUGUCAAACGUUGUGCAUGUGAACUCAGGAUAAUGCUGUUUGGAAAAAGUGAAAGAAUGAAAUCAGCCCUGGAAAAGCUCCUCGUUGGGAAAAAAGAGUCUGAAGGUUUUGAAGGAAAGCAAUCUGGUGCUGCCUCUGGAGAGAGGAACAGGAAACCUCCCACAGUUGUAAAAGCUCCCAACAUCUUCAGUCUGCCUGUGGAAGUGCUGUUUAAAGAGAUGAAGAGCUGUGUGAGUCUCUGUCCUCCUGGACCAAACGUUCUGCUGCUGUUAGUCAAACCUUCUGAUUUCACUGAGGAGAACAGAAAAACUCUGAAUUUGGUCCUGAGCUUGUUUGGUCAAGAUGCUUUUAAUCACUCCAUCGUCAUCCGAACGCAUAACGAGGAAGGGAAUAACUCAGUGGACAAACUCAUUGAAGAAUCCAAACAAAGGCAGCACUUCGUUAACUUUGACAGAAAAGACUCCUUCUCAGAUUCCUCAGAGUUGAUGGCAGAAAUGAAUGAGAUGGUGAGUAAAAACUGGGGAAAAUAUCUAACGUUAAAAGAAGAGGCUAAACCCAAUCUGAAGUCCAGUCUGAACCUGGUUCUGUGUGGGAGGAGAGCAGCAGAGAAGACGUCAGCAGCCAAGGCCAUUUUAGGUCAGACUGAGCUUCAUUCAGCCUCCAACUCAUCAGAGUGUGUUAAACAUCAGGGAGAGGUGUGUGGACGUUGGGUUUCCCUGGUGGAGCUGCCUGCCUUGUAUGGAAAACCUCAGGAGGCAGUGAUGGAGGAAUCAUUCAAGUGUAUCUCCCUCUGUGAUCCUGAGGGUGUCCAUGCCUUCAUCCUGGUCCUGCCUGUGGCUCCCCUCACUGAUGAAGACAAGGGAGAAUCCUACACAUCCAGCUGCUGA